AUGAAGCUCUUUCAGACUUUACUAGCAGUCAUGCUCAUUGGGGGUGUCGCUGCUGGCUCUUUCCCGACGACGUCACUCGUUCCGAAACCACCCUUCAAAAACGAAACGGAGUACAUCACGGCCAAGACCCUUGUGACCACUAUCACUUCUGCCUAUUCAUUUUAUUGCCCUGAGCCUACCACGUUUCACCAUAAAAAUGUUACUUACACGGCCACGGAGCCAACUUAUUUGACUAUCACGAACUGCCCUUGUACUGCCACCUACACGCAGAGCCCAAAGUAUCCUGGGACAACUGUCUAUCCCACGGCUCCUCCAGGCCAGCCAGUAACCCCCGUGCCUCCGGUGAUGCCCUCAUCUGCUCCUGUUCCUGCAUCACCACCACCUCCUGGCAAGCCGGCUCCCCCUCCUUCUGAGUAUUCGGCUCCGUACCCGGAGCCAUCUCUUCCACCACUUCCCCCUAAGGUUUCGGUUCCUGCGCCAGAAGCUCCUCCUCCUGCUCCUCCUCCUCCAGCUACAGUCCCAGCUCCUGCUCCUGCUCCCGAGCCACCUCUCCCGCCUCCUCCACCAAAAGCUACAGUUUCAGCUGCUGGUACCCUGCCACCUCCUCCACCCCCCGAGGUUUCGGUUCAUGUCCCAGAGUCGCCUCCUCCUCCUCCCCCAAAUCCCGAACAACCAGCUGUUCCUCCAUCUCAGGCUGCCCCACCUCCGGUCAACCCUACUGGUACUAUCGAAGCUUCUGUGCCUUCGGCUGCUGCUAACAAAAUGUCUGGAAGCUUUGGAGCUUUCGUACUUGCUGGUGUCGCAGCUUUGGCCAUAUGA